AUGGCUUCAAGUACAAGUCAAAGUACCACCACUUCGAGAAAGAGGAUUGUCGUCGUGGGAUUGGGCAUGGUUGGUAUUGCUUUUAUCGAAAAACUCAUCAAACUCGACACCCAGCGCCAAUAUGAAAUCGUCGUCGUCGGCGAAGAACCACAUGUAGCGUACAACCGCGUCGGUUUGACCUCCUUCUUUAGUCAUCGCGAAGUUGAGCAGUUGUAUCUUAAUCCUUUGGAAUGGUACAAACAACACCUCCAAACCUCCUCCCUAACGCACCACCUCUCCACCACCGCCCUCUCCCUUUCCCCCGCCACCAAAUCCCUCACCAUCUCCCCGCCCCCCUCCACCCCCUCCCUCACUACCCUCCCCUACGACCACCUGAUCCUCGCCACCGGCUCUCGCGCCCUCUUGCCCACUUCCACACCCGGCCACGAUGCGUCCGGCGUUUUCGUUUAUAGAACCAUCGCCGACUUGCAGUCCCUCAUAACAUGGUCAUCCGACACUCAAAUAAAGGGAUCAACAGGCGUGGUAGUAGGUGGCGGACUACUAGGGUUAGAAGCAGCCAAAGCCCUAAUGGAUCUGCAAGUAUUCGGACGGGUGGUGGUGAUCGAAAGAAACGGCUGGGUUUUAUCUCGGCAGGUAGACGGGGAAGCCGGGGCCUUGGUAUUGGAGGGGGUAAGGGGGUUGGGGGUUGAAGUUCUCACGAGAAAGCGGGUCAAGGAAGUCGAGUGUGAUCAAGGAGAAGAAGCGGAAGGAAAAGAGAAAAAAAGAGUAAAGGGGAUACGCUUCGAAGACGGGGAAUACCUGGCUUGUUCGACCAUUUGUUUCGCGAUCGGGAUCAAAGCCAGGGACGAACUGGCGCGACAAGCGGGGAUUACGUGCGCAGAGCGCGGUGGAGGAGGCAUAGUGGUGGAUGACUCCCUCCAGACCAGCGCGCCGGACGUUUAUGCCAUUGGCGAGUGCGCCAGCUGGAAAGGCCAGACGUUCGGGUUGAUUGGUCCCGGCGUGGAGAUGGCGGACGUGUUGGCGUUUAACUUUACGCAAGCGCAUUUACAUACGCCGCGCGUGUUCAAGCGGCCGGACCUCAGCACCAAGCUCAAGUUGCUGGGUGUGGAAGUGGCCAGCUUCGGCGACUUCUUUGCCGACCGCGAUGGGCCAAAGGAGUUACCGCCCACACUGAGGAGGGAGCUGAAGAAGAGCGGCGGCAAGGCGGAAGUGAAGGCACUCACCUACAAAGACCCCUUCCUCUCCGUCUACAAAAAGUACAUCUUUACUUCCGACGGGAAGUACUUGCUAGGCGGCAUGAUGAUCGGCGACACAACCGACUACGUCCGUCUCGUUCCGCUAGUCAAGACCCACAAAGAGCUGGACAUUCCUCCAUCGCAACUCAUUCUCGGCGCCAAAAAGGCCGGUGACGAUGGAGACGACGACCUCCCAGACGACACGCAAAUCUGCUCCUGCCACAACGUCACCAAAGCCGACCUCGUCGCCCCUCUCAAGUCCGGGGAAUGCACCUCCCUAGGCGACCUCAAGUCGUGCACCAAAGCCGGCACGGGGUGCGGCGGGUGCAUGCCCCUGGUGACGUCCAUCUUCAACCGCACCAUGGCGUCGCUGGGGACCGAAGUGAAGAAUAACCUCUGUCCGCACUUCCCGGAGUACUCGCGCGCGGACUUGUACAACAUCAUCUCCGUCAAGCGGCUGCGUACUCUGCCCGACGUGAUGCGCGAAGCCGGCGCGGAUGCUGAUAGCUUGGGGUGCGAAGCAUGCAAGCCAGCCAUUGCUUCCAUUUUUGCUUCGCUGUGGAAUGAUCAUGUUAUGAGUCCUGCUCAUCAUGGCCUGCAGGAUACGAAUGAUCGGUUUAUGGGGAACAUCCAGCGCAACGGAACCUUUUCCGUCGUUCCUCGCGUUGCUGCGGGAGAGAUUACGCCGGAGAAGCUGAUUGUUAUCGGGGAGGUGGCCAAGGAGUAUAACCUCUACACUAAGAUUACGGGCGGGCAGAGAAUUGAUAUGUUUGGCGCACGGAAGCAGGAUUUGUUGAACAUAUGGAAGAAGUUGGUGGAUGCGGGCAUGGAGAGCGGGCAUGCGUACGCGAAGAGUUUGCGGACGGUCAAGAGCUGUGUCGGGACAACGUGGUGUAGGUAUGGAGUGGGUGAUAGCGUGGGGAUGGCGGUCAGGUUGGAGGAGAGGUAUAAGGGGUUGAGGGGGCCGCACAAGAUCAAGGGAGGAGUGUCGGGGUGUACGAGGGAGUGUGCAGAGGCGGGGAACAAGGACUUCGGCCUCAUUGCCACCGAAAAGGGUUUCAACAUUCUCAUCUGCGGCAACGGCGGCACCACGCCCAAGCACUCCGUUCUUCUCGCCAAAGACGUCCCCCCGACCAACGUCAUCCCCAUCAUUGACCGGUUCCUCAUGUUCUACAUUCGUACCGCCGACAAGCUCCAACGUACCGCUCGCUGGCUUGAGGCCCUUCCCGGUGGCAUCGACUACCUGAAGGAAGUCAUCCUCGAAGACCGGCUCGGUAUCUGCGCCUCACUGGAAGCUCAAAUGCAAGAGCUGGUAGAUAGCUACUUUGACGAGUGGGCCGAAGCUCUCAACAACCCAGCGAUGCAAGAGCGAUUCAAGCAGUUCGCCAACACCGACGAGGGCCAACCACCCAUGGAAGUCGAAAUCGACCGCGGGCAAGAAAGACCCGUGAUGUGGCCCCGCGAAGACCAAGGCGGUUCAGCCAAGGCGGAUUUCAAGGGCUUGCGAGACAAGUGGUCAUCAACCACCUGGCAACCCGUUCUCGAAGCAUCCUACUUCCAGGGCGCAGACGACCUCCCCAACGGGAUAUCCGCCAGCAUCAAGCGCGGCGACACGCAACUGGCCGUCUGGCGCAUCAAAGGGAAGUACUAUGCCUCUCAGCAGAUGUGUCCUCACAAGCGCACCUUUGCUUUGUCUGACGGUUUUGUUGGCACCGAUCCGUCGCCGUCUUCUUGUUCUUCUACCGCCCUGCCGCCAUCACCACCUAGUACUCCUCCCCGGUCUUCAUCCCCUGUGACAUCCUCACCUCAGUCUCCCACCUCCUCUGCCACACCGGCAACCACAACCUCCUCAUCUUGCACUACCAACCCUUCCGGUCCUUCCAGCCCUUGGAUCUCCUGCCCCUUCCAUAAGCGAAACUUCUCGCUCACGUCGGGGUCAUGCAAGAACGACAACGAGCUCUCUAUUGCCACAUUUGAUGUGGAAGAAAGAGACGACGGGAUGGUGUAUAUUAAGCUGCCGCCUGUUGAUGAGCUGGACAGGGAAUUGGGGACGAAGAAGUGGAUGGUGAAAAGGGGUGAGGCCGGUGAAGGGCAAUUCAGGGAGUUGGACGAGUUGAACAAGAGUAAGGGGGUAGAGGGGAAGAAGGGGAGGAGGGGGAGGAAGCCGGGUGCUAGCGAGGCUGGGAAGGAGGUUGGCAAGAAGUUGGUUGAGGCGGUUGGGGGAGGGGGCUGUGGUGGGCCUGGGUUGGAGUGGUGA